AAAAGUAAGAAAGAAAAAGCUACAUUAUUGUAACCCUGUUCAUUGAAGGAAUGUUACUUUUGAUAAAGAAACAUAAAGAAGUAUUCUUAGCUUGGAAGGAAAUAAAUUUGACUAGGGAUUGACUAUAUGCUCUCCUCUCUCUCUAUAUAUGUUCAAACAAAAGUUGGUAGUUUGUGUCACUACUAGUUAGUGUAGUUGAAAGAUCAGAGGGUUUUGAGGCAAAGAGUAUAAGUGAGGAGUUUUUGCAUAGCAAAGGGUAAUCUGGUGGUGAUUAGUAUUUGACAGUUGAACUGCACUUGGAAUUUGGCUAUAUGGGAAAGACAAUUCAGGUUUUUGGAUUCCCUUAUCUUCUGUCUGCCGAAGCGGUCAAGAAAUUCUUAGAGAAUCAUACAGGAAAUGGAACUGUCUAUGCUGUGGAGGUUAAACAGUCCAAAGGUGGACGUAGAGCAUUCGCCAUAGUUCAAUUUGCCAACAACAAAAGCGCAGAAUUUAUCAUCGAUUUGGCUAGUAAGCGGUUGUAUUAUGGAACUUCUUAUUUGAAGGCUUGGGAAAUGAAAACUGAUAUUGUCCAACCGCGGACAUAUGUGCAACACAUGGAUGGCGUAACUCUGAAUUUUGGAUGUCUGAUAUCAGACAAGAAGUUUGCAGUGUUGGGAAGUAAAGGUGUUUCAGUUAAAUUUGGCAUUGGAUUGAAGAAAAUUUACUUCUUUUUAUCUCAUGCUUCAGCUGAUUAUAAACUUCAGCUUUCAUAUGAAAAUAUAUGGCAAGUUGUCCUUCAUCGUCCAUAUGGUCAAAAUGCUCAGUUUCUCCUCCUACAGUUAUUUGGUGCUCCUCGGAUCUAUAAGAGACUUGAAGGCUCCUGUUAUAGCUUCUUUAAGGAAACUCCUGAUGAUCAGUGGGUAAGGACAACAGAUUUCACUACAUCUUGGAUAGGGCUAUCUUCUAGCUUAUGUUUGGAGUUUCGUAAUGGUGGUCGACUUCCAAAUUUCAGCGAAAGUUUUUUUUACUAUAAAGAAAGUGUGAGCCAAGUUAUUUUACAGACUGGUUACACCUUUUCAUUCUCUCAAAAUUUGGCUCUGGUUCCCAUUGUCCACCUUCCUGAAGGUGUUGAGUUGCCCUACAAGAUAUUGUUUAAAAUUAGUUCCUUGAUACAACAUGGAUGCUUUCCUGGACUAGCAUUAAAUUUUAACUUUUUCCAAUUAGUUGACCCUCGAAGGAGAAAUAUUGCAUGCAUUGAACACGCCUUGGAGAAACUGUACUAUUUAAAGGAGUGUUGUUAUGAUCCAGUGAGGUGGCUAACUGAGCAGUAUGAUGAGUACCUCAACCGCAGACAACUUCCAAAAUCUCCGUCCAUCACUUUAGAUGAUGGAUUGGUGUAUGUAAGAAGGGUCCUAGUAACACCAUGCAAAGUUUAUUUUUGUGGUCCAGAGGUUAAUGUAUCGAAUCGGGUUCUGCGCAAUUAUUCUGAAGACAUAGAUAACUUUCUUCGAGUUUCUUUUGUUGAUGAGGAGUGGGAGAAAAUACAUUCUACAGAUUUAUUAACAAGAGCUAGUAGUGGAAAUGGUAUCAGGACAGACAUCUAUGAGAGGAUCCUAUCAACUCUUCGGAAUGGCUUUAUAAUUGGUGAUAAAAGAUUUGAAUUUCUUGCAUUUUCAUCGAGCCAGUUGCGGGAUAAUUCAGUGUGGAUGUUUGCAUCAAGACCUGGCCUUACUGCAAAUGAUAUAAGAACAUGGAUGGGUGAUUUUCAGCAAAUCAGGAAUGUCGCAAAAUAUGCUGCCAGACUUGGCCAAUCUUUUGGUUCCUCCAGAGAAACUUUGAGUGUCGGUAGGCAUGAGGCUGAAGUUAUUCCUGAUGUAGUUUGUUCGCUUCAUGGAACCAACUACAUCUUUUCUGAUGGAAUUGGAAAAAUAUCUGCUGACUUUGCUCGUAGAGUUGCCAUAAAAUGUGGCCUUCAGUAUACUCCAUCUUCUUUUCAGAUUCGUUAUGGUGGAUAUAAAGGUGUUGUGGCUGUUGAUCCAUAUUCAUCAAUGAAGUUAUCUUUGAGAAAGAGCAUGUUGAAAUAUGAAUCAAACAACAUAAAGUUAGAUGUCCUGGGAUGGAGCAAAUAUCAGCCUUGUUAUCUUAAUCGUCAACUGGUUACUCUCUUGUCUACACUUGGGGUGAAAGAUGAUGUUUUCGAACAGAAGCAAAAUGAAGCGGUAGAGCAGCUUGAUGCUAUCUUGCAUGAUUCUUUGAAGGCACAGGAAGCUUUAGAAUUGAUGUCUCCUGGAGAGAACACUAAUAUUCUCAAGGAGAUGCUAAAUUGUGGUUAUAUGCCUGAUGCUGAGCCGUUUCUUUCAAUGAUGCUGCAAACUUUCCGGGCUUCAAAGUUGCUCGAUUUGCGGACUCGAUCAAGAAUAUUUAUUCCAAAUGGAAGAGCGAUGAUGGGAUGCUUGGAUGAAUCCAGAACCCUGGAAUAUGGUCAGGUGUUUGUUCAGUUUACUGGUACUGGACGUAGACAGUUUUAUGAGGAAUCACAUCCUUUUAAUGACAGUGGAUCCACCAACUGUAAUUUCAUUCUCGAGGGAAAUGUGGUCGUUGCAAAAAAUCCAUGCUUGCAUCCUGGUGAUAUUCGUGUUUUAAGGGCUGUUGAUGUUCCAGCUUUGCACCACAUGGUAGAUUGUGUUGUAUUUCCCCAGAAAGGAAAAAGACCUCAUCCAAAUGAAUGUUCUGGAAGUGAUUUGGAUGGGGAUAUCUAUUUUGUUUGUUGGGAUCCAGACCUGAUUCCGCCAAGGCAAGUCCAGCCGAUGGAUUAUACUCCAGCACCCAGCACACAGUUGGAUCAUGAUGUCACAAUUGAGGAAGUUCAAGAGUACUUCACCAACUAUAUUGUGAAUGACAGUUUGGGAAUCAUAGCGAAUGCGCAUGUUGUAUUUGCAGACAGAGAACCUGAUAUGGCCAUGAGUGAUCCGUGCAAACAACUCGCUCAGCUCUUUUCAAUUGCAGUUGACUUUCCAAAGACUGGUGUUCCUGCUGAAAUACCAUCUCAGUUGCGCCCUAAAGAAUACCCCGACUUCAUGGAAAAGCCAGACAAGCCAACCUAUCACUCGGAAAAAGUUAUUGGAAAACUUUUCCAGAAAGUGAAGGACAAAACACCUCAGGCUUGCUCUAUCGCGACCUUCACAAUGGAUGUUGCCAGGAAAUCAUAUGAUGGUGAUAUGAUAGUCAAUGGAUUCGAAGAUUACAUUGACGAAGCUUUUUACUACAAAAGUGAAUACGACAACAAGCUUGGUAAUUUAAUGGACUACUACGGCGUAAAAACUGAGGCUGAAAUACUUAGUGGUGGCAUCAUGAAAGCAUCAAAAACUUUUGACCGCAGAAAAGAUGCAGAGGCCAUUGGUAUUGCUGUGAGGUCUUUGAGGAAAGAAGCAAGGACCUGGUUCAAGAAGCGUAGUGAUAUAGAUGACAUGUUAGCAAAGGCUUCGGCUUGGUACCACGUUACAUAUCAUCAUACAUAUUGGGGUCUCUACAAUGAGGGGUUGAAAAGAGAUCAUUUCAUUAGCUUUCCCUGGUGUGUUUAUGACCAGCUGAUCCAGAUUAAGAAGGCGAAAGCACGUAAAAAGCCGGUUCUCCAUUUAUCUUCUCUCGGGAAUCAACUGAGUCGCAAAUUAGUGUUGAUAUGAUAGCAUUAAGCCAAUCUAUAUAAUGUAAAAAGGGUGUGAUCAUAAGAGAACUGCUACGCGUUGUUAACAAUCUUGUCUAUUAAACCGCUGACAUUUAUGCAGCUCUCUUUAAUAACAGUUGUAUAGCUUAGUAGUAUUUAGCAUGCGAUUGAAGUUGUUUUAUCUCUCUUCUCGA